ACUCAACAACUUUGACCUCUCGUUUUCACUCUCUUCCCUCUACUUGUUCCUGUUCCAUAGAUCCCUGUCCCUCAACUCAAUCACUACAAAGAGAAAGAGCUACCUCUGCUAUUCACUGCUUUCACGCUCUUCCUUCACCCCCUAAUCAAACAAAUCCCGCUUCUUCAGCUUUGCAACGCCACUUUUCUUUAGCUAGUUUCCUGUAUUGGGUCUGGUUUUGUUUUCUUGGGUUUGCAUAAACUUUCAGUUUUCUGUUAAAAAACAUCUUAUUACUUCCCCUGAAACUUGAUCUGUUUUUUUUUUUUUUUUGUGAUCUUUGUGCCUUUGAAUCUGAUAUGGGGUUUUAGGGUUUGUCCUUGAUAAUCCAAGAUCUAAUCUUUUCAAAUUGCUUAUCGAACUUCCCCCUUGUUUUGGAAAGUUUGCCCCUUUUUUAGAUUCUCAACUUAUGCUUGUUUCAAAAGCACACUGAGAUUCCCUUUCAAAUGCUACUCUUUCUUGAUUAAGAAACUUCCACUUCUCUGCAUUUCCUAUCUGGGUUUUCUCUCUCUUUGAGCUAUAUAUCAAAGAGAGAGAACAAAGUUACUCCAUUACUUUCCUUUCCUAUGCGUUUCAACCGAACACUUCUAUAAGAACCAACAUGUAUAGGGGAAUUGAAGUUCUAUCUCCAGCCUCCUAUCUCCAAACCUCAAAUUGGUUGUUUCAAGAAAGCAAAGGUGCCGAGUGGACCGCAGAAGAGAACAAGCGAUUCGAAAAUGCUCUUGCUCUGUAUGAUAAGGACACCCCCGAUCGAUGGCACAAGGUGGCUUCUUGGAUCCCUGGAAAGACCGUAGGCGAUGUGAUCAAGCAGUACAAGGAGUUGGAAGAAGAUGUCAGUGAUAUUGAGGCUGGUCUUAUCCCAAUUCCUGGGUAUUCUAGUAAUAAUUCUUUCACAUUGGAGUGGGCUGACGAUCAAGGCUUCGAUGGAUUGAAGCAAUAUUAUAGUACUGUUGGUGGCAAGAGAGGCUCGUCGACUCGGCCGUCUGAGCAAGAAAGAAAGAAAGGUGUACCAUGGACUGAAGAAGAGCACAGGCAAUUUCUGAUGGGACUUAAAAAGUAUGGUAAAGGUGACUGGAGAAAUAUCUCUAGAAAUUUUGUGACCUCUCGGACACCUACUCAAGUAGCCAGUCAUGCUCAAAAGUAUUAUAUCAGGCAACUUACAGGAGGCAAAGACAAGAGAAGGUCUAGCAUCCAUGACAUCACAACCGUUAACCUGUCAGAUACCAAAUCUGGAUCACAAGAGAGUAAUCAGAGUAAUACUAAAAGUCCUCCGUCUCAAGAUCAUGAUUCUGCAGUUGCGGUUCAGUCACAGCAACAUGCAAAGGUGAGUAAUAAGCAGCAAUUUGACUGGAAAGUGUCGAAGGAGGGACCGCAAAUGGUCUUCAAUUCAAUGAAUGGGAAUGCAAUCAUUGGACCUUUCUUUGGGAUUUCUUCACAUGUUCCUAAGAUUGAGGAGCAAGAUUUCUUCAUUGGCAGUACUUUUCAUGGAUCUCAGUUUGAUCAUCACAAUGUGCGUUUUGAGAUGCAAUAUCAGUGAAGCUAUAUCGCCUAUAUAUCCAUAGAUUGGAGGUUGGAGUGCUAGAGGUAUCACAUUGCCAGGCUUAAUUGAGUGAGAUCUCGGAUUGUUUGAUGACUUUGAUCUAUCUACGCAGCUACCUUGUGCAUGGCUUAAUGCAAUCAAGUUGAUCUUAUGGACUUUGAUUGAGCAAGUCCCUAGUUUUUAGACUCUACAGAGAGAGCGCACUUAAUUAGUUCAUCUUGUGAUUUGAGAUAAUUCAAAUUCUGAAGUAUUAUCUAAAAUAGGGAGGUUGUUUAUAUAAAACUUGAGCUUUUAUCACUUGUGAUGUUCUGGUUGUAUGCUUAAUAUGUGUUUCAGA